GUCUCCACUACAUCUCUUGUGGUACCUGCUAGUGGAGACACAAUGGCGGCAGGUCGCUGGCCUGUACAGAAGAACUUAGGACAUGUACAUAGUAAACUAAUCAAGCAGUUCUAACUGAACUUACCGGAAGUCAGGAUUUACAGAAGCAGAAGCAGACGAAAACGAUGUCGGAUGAAAAGCCAGAAGACUUGAAGGCCAAGGGAAAUGAGUGUGUAAAGAAUGGAAAUUUUUCUGAAGCAAUAUUGCAUUACAGCCAUGCAAUCAAACAGGAUCCCAAAAACCAUAUUUUCUAUAGCAAUAGGUCUCUGGCCUUCCUUAAGCUUCAACAGUAUUAUUAUGCAAUGGAAGAUGCCAAGGAAUGUAUCAAAUUGAAGCCAACAUGGCCAAAGGGAUUUUACAGAAAAGGAGAAGUUGAAUAUAAUGUUGGAAAUUACACUCUUGCACAAAUGGCAUACAAGCAAGCAAUGAUGAUGGAUCCAACAGAUGAAGGAAUAAAAGAUGCAAUUGCUAGGACAACAAAAGAAGUUAAUAAAGUUAGAAAAGCUGAGAAACAAGAGCCUUGGAAGUAUGCUGCUGGAGGAUUGGUGGUGGGGAUUGCUGUAGUAUUAGGGGACCAGUUCAUGACAGAGAAGCCAGUUAUUCAACACAUAGUUCUUCAGAUAUUGAUGGUAAUGGCAUUUCUGUUGCUGUCACUGCUCUUAUGGAAGGGAUUUAGAUUGAUGCGUGAUUGGCAGAAUGAUAAUUUGUUAGAACCCCCUAUUGAUCUCCUUAAAGAAUUUGUUGAUGUGGAUUCAAAACAAAAUCCAGAAAAGACUGCAGAUGAUCAGACAGAAGAAGGAAAUACAAGGAGAGGAGGAACUAAGAGAGCUCAGUCAGGAAAGAGAAAAUACAAACUGGGAAAGUCCUCAUGAUACUGGCUGUUAUGGUGCUCUACUCCAGUUGUCUAAAUCCUUGUCAAGGGACCACAAAGCCGUCCUUGGUGUAUGUGUGGCAUAGUCUUCCUAGCAAUAGGUUUUGUUGAAAAAGUUCAUGUACUUAUGUCACAGUAAUGUUGAGAGAUACAUAGACCUCUAGUCUGUGUUAUGUAGGACUGUUCUGCAGGGUAUAGUGUAUCAAUUUUUUACUGUUUCACACUAUUUUUUUUACACUACAUUGUAAUGCAGAAUUUUAAAUCUUAUUUUUUUGUAUGUUGCCAUGUUUUUUAUUGAUUUUGAAAUCCAUUCAUAGACCAAAGCAAUAAUAGUAGUCGAUGUGUGAUCAGUGGUAUUUGAAUGUAUAUAAGUGGUGUAUGUCCUACAAAGUCAGUGCAGCAAGAUCAACCAGCCAUUAUUACAAUGUACAGCGAAAAGUUCCAUUUAUAUGUACAUGACACAAUUCACACUUUUUAUCCAGGUAUACAUUUUAAAAAAGCUUAAAGGGAUGUUUGUAGAUACAUGUAUUUGGAAUGUGCUCUACGAUAUUUGACAGAUGGUAAUGUUGUAACUGUAGGUGAACUGUCAAUGGGCCUAGGCCUCUUGUGACUGCUUUGUGAGUUGUAAACCACUUCUGGUUCAGCUUCCAAAAGUUCUCAUCAUAACAAACAGAUGUAUAAUAAAAUAAUGUGUAAAACAAGGAAUAAAAUGGUGUCUGAUAAGGUUACUCUCUGGGCAUUACAAAUCUUCGUUUGGAUAUUCUUCCAAACUUGAUCUGAUACAGGCAAUAAUGCCCAGCAAAAACAACCUUACUUUUAUAAAUUUUGAUCCAUAUCACAUUUCUAUAAAGCUGGUAACUUUUAAUUAGAAAAAUUUUGUUUAAAAAUAAUGCCUUAUCAAUCUAAUUUUUAAUUGUUAAUGUUUCCAAAAAACAGAACAAUGUAUAGGAUUCAGAAAGUACUUUGUUCUCCUUUUGAAAACAGUUCCAUCACAAUUAUUUGUUAUAAUUUUUGGUCAAAAACCUUUGAUUUUGAGAAAUUGAUACAAAAGCUUCUCCAGUUUGUUUACAAAUCAGUUUAUUGCCAAAUUGGAAUGAAACUUACCACAUAUAUUGGAUGUAUUUUCCUCUCACUUUUCAUAAAGUGAUUUUUGGGGAAAAAACGCCAUAUUAAGGUGAAUUUGAGAAAAAAUGAUUUUGCGAUAUUUGAUAAUUAUUUUGCAAUGCAUUAAAUUUCACACAUAUGUGUAAUGUAUUCAGGGUAAUUCCAUACUAUUGCUUUGAGGUUUUUGGAAAAGCUAGAUUUUAUAUGUGAAUUUUUUGCUUCAAACUAACUACACUGAUAAAGUGGGAUAGGUGAGACAUGAUGAUGUGUAAGAUCAGAAUCGUAUCUGUAGUAUAAUUAUGUACAUGUGAGUAAGUGUGAUGUACAUGUAUGCAAGGUGUAUAAAUUUCAUUUUACAUGGGAAAAGAAUACAAAAAUCAUAUAACCAUUUUACUUUUUAUUGACCUCCAGGAUUUCUACACAAUCAUAAUUAUAUUAUUAUAAUUCAAACAUUAUUUUCAAAUCGGCACACUUAAAUGAGGACAAGCUGUAUAUAAGUUGUGUGUCAAUUUAAAAUGUGGACAUGUAUUGAUUUAAGUGCCCACAUCACACUUAGUAUCUAAGUUGACAGGUGCUUUUUCCGUUAAGAUAGUUCAUAUUUCUGCAAACUCGUAUUUUUCUCCAGAUGUCCUUUCAAAGUUCAAUUGGCUGCAAAAAUACAAACAGUUUCAAUGGAAAAAUAGAUCCUUCUGUCACAAUCGUGAGACUUUUUAUAUAACCAGCCUUCAUUACAUUUACAGAUACAUUGUGAAAAGUUCAAUAAAUUAAUAAAAUCACAUG